AUGCCGGUCACUAUUAACGGUCGGAUCUUUGACGACGACUACGCCGUACCGCCGUCGAACGCUGUCAUCCUCCAGUCUGGCGCCGCCAGCCCGGGUAGGGAGCUGCACUUCUACUUUAGUUUUCACCUCCUCCAGGUGGUAUCGCCAGUUUGCAGGGACAUGGGGGACCUCCCUUUGCCCACGGCCUCGCAGAAGGAAAUCCAGACUAUUCCCAUUCUCGAGGCGACGCCCAAGGCACUGCGCCUUGCACUGCGGCUUAUCAGAAACGCAGCUGAGCACCUCAUCUACAUCGCCAACCUUCUGUCCAUCAGCGUCAUCCCGGAGCAACUGCUCUCUCGCACCAACGAGCCCGCCCUCUUGGAGAAUACGACCGUGACGGUGUUGUUCGAACGCCUUGUGCUGGCUGUCGAUACUGGUUCGAAACGAGUCAAGGAGGUGGCUGCAGCAACAGUGUACCGCCACUUUGAAUCUCUAGAUGACGUUACGAAGGCUUGGGUUUCGGAGUACCAAGAGGCCUUGGACGAGGCGAAUGCAGCCCAAGCGUUUUUCCAAGCCAGAAUGAACAGCUUCCGCAAGGACCUUGUUUACGACUUGAUACACAAAGCCGAGUUCUACUUCACCGAGUCCGAACGCGAGGAGGCAGUUGAGGAUAUUGUCUACUUCAUGACACGCUGGCCCGUGUGCCACCAUGAGCGACCGCUUGGAGAGGACAAUGUAGUCAAGCUACUCGACAGGUGCUUCGAGAACCGUGAGGUCGCCUUUGAGCUCAUCACUGGUCACAUUAAGGACUUUCAGGAUCUUCUUGCCCGACCCAACUUUCCCGUUCAUUAG